ACACGGCCUUCCCUGCUGCCCGGCGCCCGCUGGCCUGCUCUGCCCAAGGGGACACCGGUUUAAUACUGGGCGCCCAAGGCCCAGGCUGGGGCCAAUCGCAGGCGACCGAGGAGAGCCUGGGAAGCCGGCCGCACUCACCUGCCUGGGAUCCUGGGUGGCUGAUCGCCUCUUGGACUAGAAGUUUUUGUCUUAGUCCAGAAAACAUUUGAAAGAAGCAGGUCAAACAUGGCUUUAGCAGAUAAGAGACUUGAGAACUUACAGAUCUACAAAGUUCUUCAGUGUGUUCGCAACAAAGACAAGAAGCAGAUAGAGAAGCUGACCAAACUUGGAUACCCUGAACUCAUCAACUUCACAGACCCUAUCGAUGGACUUAGUGCUCUGCACUUAGCUGCAGUUUCCAAUGACAUUGACAUGGUCAGCUUUCUCCUUCAACUUGGUGCUCAUCCUGAUGUACAAGACCGAAUGGGCUGCACUCCGACCAUGAGAGCAGCAGAACUGGGCCAUGAGCUGUCGAUGGAAAUAUUAGCCAAGGCAAAGGCUAAUAUGACGAUAGUUGAUAAUGAAGGAAAAGGUGUUUUGUUUUACUGCAUUUUGCCCACUAAGCGGCAUUAUCGCUGUGCCCUGAUUGCCUUGGAGCAUGGUGCAGAUGUCAACAAUUCUUCCUAUGAAGGAAAGCCAGUAUUCCUGAGAGCUUGUGAGGAAGCCCAUGAUGUCAAAGAUAUGUGCCUGACAUUUUUGGAGAAAGGAGCCAACCCAAAUGCUAUCAACUCAUCCACAGGCCGCACAGCUUUAAUGGAGACGUGCAGAGAAGGUGUGCUGGAAGUUGUCCGAGCAAUACUGGAAAGAGGAGGCGAAGUGAAUGCAUUUGACAAUGACAGAAUGCAUGCUGCUCAUUUUGCUGCCAAAGGAGGAUAUUUUGAUAUACUGAAGCUGCUUUUUGCAUACAAUGGAGACUUAGGAUUGAUUGCAAUGAAUGGGAACACACCACUUCAUUAUGCUGCCAUGGGUGGUUUUGCAGAUUGCUGUAAAUAUAUAGCUCAGAGAGGGUGUGACUUGAAAUGGAAGAAUCUGGAGCACAAAACACCCAGAAUUCUGGCGAAAGAGGGCGGCUUCAAGGUCGCCAGCAAGGAGAUCCGCCGGGCCGAGCGCCUGGCCACCAAGCUGUCCAAGCCCGGAGCCAAGAACCCGAACCCGCUGUGGGCGCUGCGGCUGCACGACUGGUCGGUGGAGCGCGAGGCGCAGGUGCGCGAGGCGCUGGCGCUGGUGGACCGCGGCGACGGCACGGUGGCCAAGGCGGACUUCGUGAACGUGCUCGAGGACCGGCAAGACUUCGCCAGCCCGGAGCAGCUCGCCAUGGUGGCGCAGAUGCACGAGAAGUCGCGGGGCGGCGGCGUCAACAUCGAGGAGUUCUUCAAGGGCACCAGGUACCUCCAGAAGGCGUUCGUCCUGAGCUCGUUCGGGCCCAAGAAGAAGAAGCGGGGCGCAGGCAAGAAGGGCAAGAAGGGCAAGUUCGUACUGCCGCUGCCCGUGUGCGUGAUCCCCGAGAACGCCUUCCCGCGGCGCCCGGACGGGGGACCCCCCUACUACAUGAUCGAGGCCUACCAGAACAUGACUGACUGCAACCGCUUCAACCGCGACCACCCGCCCGCCCACCCCAUCCAGGACGACUCCGAGUGGUACAUGGACGAGCCGGGGAAGACCUUCUCCAACAUCAACUUCAUCGCCAAGGCCGGAGACCUGGCGUCUCUGAAAAAGGCCUUCGAGUCUGGAAUUCCCGUGGACAUGAAGGACCCCACGUACAAAACGCCGCUCAUGACCGCCUGCGCCACGGGCAACAUGGACGUGGUCAAGUUCCUGCUCGAGAAGGGGGCAAACAUUAAUGCAACAGAUAAUUUUCUGUGGACUCCACUUCAUUUUGCAUGCCAUGCAGGUCAACAGGACAUUGUUGAGCUUCUAGUUAAGUCGGGAGCUACUGUAGAUGCUGUCUCAAUCAACAACUCAACUCCUUUGAGUAGAGCCAUCGAAAGUUGCAGACUGGAUACUGUAAAAUACCUGCUUGAUAUUGGUGCUAAAUUCCAAUUGGAAAACAGAAAUGGGCAGAGUGCCAUGGAUGUUGCAAAGGCAUAUGCUGAUUUUCGGAUCACUGAUAUGAUUAAAGAAAAACUAGAUAACUUGCCUAAACCAACAGAUAAUCAAAAACUGAAAAGCAAACCUCCUAAACAGAAGACAGAAGGCCCUGAAAUUAAGAAAGAAGAGGAACCACUAUCAUCAUUUUAUGCUGUACCUACCAUAUCAGAUGAAAAUAAAGCCCACAGGGAUAAUGUAGUUUAUCUCAAUUCACUCAUUACCAGUGGUUACACCAAGAAAAUAGACAUCACAUUUGUUCCACGAAAGAUUUGGAGUCCUGAAGCCACAACAGCAGAGCUAAUAAGGAAAAGAGAACUGCGGCGGGAGAGGUUUACCUAUGAGGUGGACUUUGAGGAUUUCAUGAUGCCCUUUCAAAAGAAUAUCACGGAGAAAGCUCAAGCAUUGGAGGCAGCCCUCAAGAACUAG